GCGCGGCUGGUCGGUAGCGUCAUGCCCGUGGGGGAGGGCGCCGCCCCGGUACCCGUGCAGCCGUACAGAGUGUACCGGCGACGCUGGCUCGUGCUGUUCGUGAUUGUCGUCACCCAGGUGUCCAACGGAGCGGCAUGGCUCUCAUUCUCGCCCGUGGCCAGCUACGCGGCCCACUACUACGACACGACGCUGGACAACAUCAACUGGCAGAUGACGCAGUUCAUGAUCGUGCAGCUGAUCGUCACGCCGUUCAUCAUGUGGGCCGUCGACCACUGGAGCUUCCGCUGGGUGGUGGUGAUCGGAGCGGUGCUGAACGGGCUCGGCAUGGCCGUCAAGGGCAUCAGCACCUGGGACCUGGUGACCCCGACCCACCUCAGAUACGCCCUCACCAUGGUCGGAUCGGUGGCGGCGGCCGUGGCCCAGCCCUUCACGCUGGUCAUCCCGACGCGGUACUCGCAGGCGUGGCAUCCGCAGGGCGAGCGGACCCUGAGCACUACACUCUCGUCGCUGGCCAACCCGAUCGGCUGCAUGCUCGGCAUCUCCGUCACGCCGCUCUACGUGACGAAGCCGGCUGACGUGCCACUCAUCAACACCAUCUGGGCCUUCCCGGCCAUCAUCGCUGCGCUGGCGGCCAUCUUCGGCGUCACCAUGUCACACCCGCCGACGCCGCCGAGCCCGAGCGCGGCCCACUGUCGGCGCGCCGAGCCGUUCUGGCGAACGAUGCGGACGCUGCUGACCAGCCGGCCGCUGCUCAUCCUGGCGUGCUGCUUCGGUCCGGCCAUCGGCGCCAUGAAUGGCGUGGCCACGCUGCUCGGGCAGAUGCUCUGCACCACUGGCUACUCGACCGGUUUUGUCGGUCUAUGCGGCGCUCUGUUGUUCGGAUGCGGCAUUCCCGGUGCCAUCUUACUGGGCCUGAUCGCCAUGAAGACAGGGAAGGCUGUAGAGACAGUCAAGAUCUCCUACUCAAUGACGGCUGUCUGCCUUAUCAUAUUUUGUCAGGCGGCGCGGUACCCGGACCUGCAGUGGCUGCUGGCGCUCUCCAUCGGUCUGGUCGGCCUGGUCGGCGUCGGCACGUACCCGCUAGCCAUCGAGCUCGGCGUCGAGGCCACGUAUCCCAUCGACCAGACCUACAGCAACUCACUCAUCUUCAUACCGGGCUCUCUGGUGGGGGCCGUGCUGGUGGUGCUCGGCACGGCCAUGGGCCGGCCCAUCUCGCCCGCAGCCCAGCUGAGAGAGGUCUGCACGGUAGAUGGCGCUGCCGGCGCCGUCCAGCCGCUCGACUACACCAACUACUACAUCCUGAUGACGUCACUGAUCUCGGUAUCAGCGGUCGGCUUCACGCUUCUGUUCGACACGCCGUACCACCGCUCGAACCGGGACGCGGCCGGGUCCCCCUCCGACACCGAGCCAGUCGUUGACGCCGACACCGACGCCGACGCCGACUCCGCUACCACCGCCGUCGCCGCCGCCGUCACCGACGGACCGACGGUCGUGGCUGUGACGUAGGCGGCGCACUGGCCUGGCAGCUGCGCCCGGACGUGCAGGCCAGCCGACAGGGGCCGGCUCCCGUGGCCGGCGGUGUGCGCCGCGCAGGCUCACGGACGCACCGAGCUGCGCGCUGGAGCGCGGCUGCUGUCAAAGCCACCAAGGCUUUGCCUUGAUUCGUGUCACGAAGCGUUCUUUGGACAGUAUACCCAGACGUGGAUGGGCGUGGUCGAAGCCCGUGGCGGGUCCGGGCGGUGCUGCGGGCGGUGCUGUGUACCUAGUGAAAUGAGACGGCUGGCUUCUUGGGAGGUAUUGUGUGCUCAUGUCGCCAGGCGGCGCGGAGUGUUCCAAAGAGCGUGGCCGGUCCAUGCAAGAUGCAUAAGGAUGGACUGCGACCGGCCGCGUCUACUCCUCGCACGAGACAAAGCAUGGUUCGAUGACGUCAUCAGAGUUUGCCUGCAUGGCCAUGAACGAUAGCUGUUCCCAUCAGGGACCAGCACCGCCAAUCAUAGCAUAGCACAAUUUGAACGUCAGAGCGAAAUAUUAGCACGAGGUCCUGUGGUCGAGUUCUAAAUGACGUUUGUUGGGUGGAGAUGCGUCAAUAGCGGACUAACGGCGCGGCUGGGGGUCGCGCCAAAUGGUGGACUCUGCAAAUGUGAAGUCAGUUAAGCAACGAAAGGAAACAUGUCCACAUGGACAAAAGGGGAAUGCAUCAACAUAUCAAAUGCGCUGCGAAGAACAACGUGAUAGUAACUUUUAUGACUGUUGAUGUCUAAGAACGCAUGCGCAACUACGGAGACAUACAUCAAAACAUUUACCAUGCCAAAGUGACGAAUGCCAGGUGCGUUGUGCAUAAUAAACAAGCAAUGCUCA